CCUUCUAUGGCCAUUAUCUGGCUAUACUGAUUAUACAGAUUUCAGUCUCUCCUGUUGCGGCAAAGGGCAAAGGUUUUCCGAUCCGAUCCGACCUACUCUCGUUUCGGUUUCCAGUCUCAAGAUGACCUUCCUGGAGUUCCUGCUCUUUCUGUUGGUGCUCUACUAUGUGAUCUAUGUCCUCCUUUGGAUCGUGCUCGAUUGCAAUGUGGCGCUGUGGUACAAGUCCCGGUUUGGAGCUUCCCUCUCCUCGAUGCGCGGACAGGUGGUUUGGAUAACCGGUGCCUCGAGUGGAAUUGGCCGAGCCCUGGCCGUCAGCCUAGCCAAACAGGGAGUUAAGCUGGUGCUCAGUGCCCGCCGAGUGGAGCAACUGGAACAGGUGCAGGAAGAAUGCCUGGCCGCUGCCAAGGGGCUGCUUGCCACCAAGGAUGUUUUUAUUCUGCCCAUGGAUAUGCUGGAUGUGGACGAGCACCGAGUGCAUCUAUACACAGUGCUUAACCAUUUCGAGCGCCUCGAUGUUCUGGUUAACAAUGCUGGGAGAUCGCAGAGAGCCAACUGGACUGAUAUCGAUAUAGAGGUGGAUCGGGAACUCUUCGAACUGGACGUCUUCUCAGUGGUCCACCUAUCCAGACUGGUGGUCCGGUACUUUGUCGAGCAACGAGGAGGUCGUGGCCACUUGGCGGCCACUUCCAGCAUUGCUGGCUUUAGUCCAGUGCCAUUUUCGGCCACCUAUUGCGCCGCCAAGCAUGCCCUCAACGCCUAUCUCCUCUCCUUGAAAGUGGAGAUGCGAAAACUGGACAUUACCAUCUUUGCUCCAGGCCCCGUUGCCACGGAUUUCCUCCAGGAGGCCUUCACGGGCUCCCAGGGCACUAAAGUGGGUCAGAGCACGGCUAAUCAAAAACGCUUGACGGCGGAGCGAUGCGGGGAACUAUUCGCUGUCGCCUUGGCCAAUAAGAUGGAUCUCACCUGGUGUGGCCUCUUUCCUGUUAAUGUCCUGGCCUAUUGCGCCCGGAAUCCUACGCUGACCAAGAUCGUGGGUCUCUUUAUGACCGAGAAGACGCUGAACAAGAUCCGUGAGGGCAAACUCUGAGAUUUCGUAACCUGUCGCCCCAUUCCUGACCUCUCUCCUCCAUAGGUUCUCAGUCAAGAUUUUUAUACAAUUGUACAACGUUGAGCUAUACAAAUAUAUACUGUAUACACAAAUGAUAA